CAGAGGCGGACUGACCAUUUGGAAACUCAGGCACUGCCCGUGGGCCCGGGGUCAGUAGGGGGCCCCAUGAGAUGCCCCUGGUACCUUUUUCAUAGGCUUUUUUGAUGUGGGCAAGGACACAGGGGCCCCAUGAUCCCCUAUUGCCCGGGGGCCCCAUAAGUUGUCAGUCCGCCCCUGGUUCUGGGUGUACCUGUCACCACAGCCAGGGGCGAACUGACCAUUUGGAAACUCUGGCACUGCCCGAGGGCUGGGGUCAGUAGGGGGCCCAAUGAGACCUUUUUCAUAGGCUUUUUUGAGUUUGGGCAAGGGCACAGGGGCCCCCAUGAUCCCCUAUUGCCCGGGGGCCCCAU